CGCGCGCAUCUCAAUGCUCCCUCGGUGUAUGUGAGCGGAGCAGGGACGGACGGCGGGAUGGGACGAUGUGAAGACCUGCUCCAUUUUCUGUGAACCGCCGUCCUCUCCGAGCCUUUUUUACCCGCGAACAUGGCGACGGGGGCCGGCUGGCAGCCUCCGUACAACCCCCCCACCACCUCCAGCUCCAAAUACACACCCCCUCCAUCCUCCAGCAUGAUCUACGACGGAGCCCUGACCAUGGAGUACACGCAGGACCUGCACCUGAAGAUGAGCAAGAAGAUCGCCCAGCUCACCAAGGUGAUUUAUGCUCUGAACACCAAGAACGACGAGCACGAGGAGGAGAUCGAGUCUUUGAAAGAGGCCCAUGAGGACGAGGUCCAACACAUCGUGACUGAAACCAGAGACAAGAUCAUGCAGUACAAGAGCAAGAUGGCGGACGAGGCCGACCUGAGGCGGAGGCUGGCGAGUCUGGAGGAGUCUGUGGAGCUGCACGAGCACAUGAAGAGACAGGCGCUGGCCGAGUUUGAGAUGUACCGUCAGAGGAUGGAGGACUCCCAGCUCUGCACCGAGGCCCAGCACACUCAGAGGGUGGUCUCUAUGAGCCGAGAGGUGGAGGAGAUGCGUCGCGACUUCGAGGAGAAGCUUCGCUCCUUCAGCACGGCUCAGGCUCAGUUCGAGGCGGAGAAACGGCGAGCGCUGGAGGAGCUGAGGGCCACGCACCGUCAGGAGGUGGAGGAGCUCCUCAACAACCAGCAGAACCAGAGCGCCUCGUCCACCGAAGACCAGGAGAAACUGGCCAAGCUGCACCAGCAGGAGGUGGAGGCUCUGAUGGAGCGCGUGGAGGAGCUGACCAAGGACAAGGUCCGUCUGGUAGAGGAGUACGAGGCCAAGCUGGCCAAGGCCCAGGAGUACUACGAGAGGGAGCUGGAGGCCAUGAGGAGGACUCACCAGCUCACCACGGAGAACCUGCUGGCCUGGAAGAGAACCGAGGUGGAGCUGCGUAAAGAGUUCCAGGCUCAGGAGGCGGCUCUGCAGCGCUCGCUGUCCAAACUGAGGAGUGAGCUGCAGAAAGCUCAGGAGGAGGCCAGAGAGAACCGAGACAAGACCAACCGGCUGCAGACGUCGCUCGCCAACGCCGAGGGAACCAUUAAGAACCUGCACAAACAGCUGGAGGAUGCGAUCCAGGACGGGGAGAUCUGGGUGAUGCAGCUGAAGGACACGGAGUAUGAGCUGGAGAGCAGCAGAGAGAGAGUGCAGCAGCAGGCCACAGAGAUCCUGCACAAAGCUGGUCAGAUCGGCUCCCUGCAGGCCACCCAGAUGUCCCACGAGGCGACCAUCAGGAACCUGGACCAGGAGCAGAACCGCCUGAAGGAGAAGAUCAGCCGAUUGGAGGAGGAGAGGGAGGCGGUGCUUAACCAGAGCCAGAUGGCCAAUGAGCAGCACAAACAGACAGUGAUAAAGCUGGAACAGUCUCUGCGUGAGGAGCACCAGGGCUAUGAGAAGGAGCUGUCCAGACUGAGGGCUCACUACGACGAGGAGAUGCAUCGGUUAAAGGAGGCCCAGGUCAGAGCUCUGGGGGAGCUGGAGGACAAACACCAGGCCAUGAGAGAGGAGGCUCAGCAGGAGAAGGAGGAGGAGAAGAAGCUCCUCAUAGCGAAACUGUCCCAGGAGUUUGAGAUCAAGCGUCUGUCGUUGGAGGAGCAGAGGGACCGCCUGCAGCAGCAGCUCGAUAACCUGAAGGAGGAGCUCUCUGCUAAACUCAACAUGGCCAACCAGGAGGUGUCUCACCUGCAGGAGCUGGUGAGGGAAGGCGAGCAGAACCUGGGCUCGGCUCAGACCCAGAUCUCCUGUCUGAAGGAGACGCAGGAGAAACUCAGGACUGAGCUGGACGCCACCAGGUCACGAGUCCGGGAGACGAGUAACCUGCUGACCGACCUGCAGGAGGAGAUAGAGACUCAGAGACAGCAGCAUGAGGCCAGGGUGAUGUCCAUCAGGACAGAGGAGAAGCAGAAGAUGGACAAGAUGGCCGACGACCUGGACCAGAAGUGGAGGGACGCUCUGAGGGAGGAGGUGCGUCUGCUGAAGGAGGAGCUGACGGAGGAGUACGAGGCGGACAAACAGGUGGCGCUGACUCAGCUGUCCCAGCAGAAGGAGCUGGAGAUGAUGGCGGCCAGAGAGAGCUGGCAGAGGAAGGUGGAGGACCUGCUGGAACAGAUCUCCCUCCUGAAACAGUCUCUGGAGCUGCAGCUGUCUCAGUCUCAGUCAGCUCUGCAGCAGCUGCAGUCCCAGUUCAACCAGGAGAGGGAGCUGCUGAGCCAACAGCUCAAAGAGAUGCAGAGGGAGCACCAGAGGAGGGAGCACCGCCUGCAGGAGGCGCACUGCUGCGCUCUGAGCACCAUGGAGGAGGCUCGGCAGCACCAGAUCAGGGCCCUGGAGGAGCGUCUGAAGCAGGAGCAGAGGGAGGAGGUUCACGCUCUGAAGGAGGCCCACAGGAGGACGUUGGACAUCCUCAGGCAGCAGUCGGACCAGGAGCUGCAGACGCUCCGCUUCGAGCUGGAGGACGAGGGCAAAGCCAAACUUGCCUCUCUGAGAGCUGAACUAAACCACCUCCACGCCACAGCCAUCGAGCACCUGAAGCAGAUCCACCUGAAGGAGAACACGGGGGCCAAACGAGAGGUGGAGAAGGCCAUGGAGCAGAGCCACCAGCAGGAGCAGGAGCUGCUGGUGCGGAUCUCAGACCUGCAGGCCGAGGUUUGUUCCCGAAGCAACCGCAUCACAGACCUGGACCAUGAGAUCCACUCUCUGAACGAGACCAUUGACAGGCUGACCAGAGAGCUUGAGCUGAAAGGGAAGGAAGUCCUGAGGGUCCGCAGCGAGGCCAACCACCAGAUCAGGGCCCAUGAGCAGGACCUGACUAAGCGACAUGAGAGAGACAUCGGCGAGCUGAGCAUCGUUCACCACAGAGAGACUCAGAUCAUGUUAGCAGACUUUAACAAAGCUCAGGAGGUUCUGAAGGACAAGAUCUCUGCUCUGCAGAUCAUUCUGGAGGGUACCGAGGAGAAGCUGAGGAACAGAGAGAGCCGCCCUGAAGAUCUCCAUCUGAUCGCUGAGCUCAGAGAGAUGGUGACGGAGAGAGAGGCUCUGGUUAAAAAACUGGUGGACGAUAAGAAGUUCUACCAGCUGGAGCUGGUCAACAGAGAAACCGGCUUCAACAAGGUGUUCAACUCCAGCGCCAACGUGGGCGUCAUCAACCCUCUGAUCAAGCCUUCCUGAGGUCAGCACCACGUCUUCCCCCACUCAGAGGGGGGAGGGAGGGGGAGUCAAACAACUCGCUCUACGUGGAGAGGAGGAGGAGGAGGAGGAGGAGGAGGAGCUGUACUCCCAGUAUUUCUCCUUCUGACGUCUGCAAAAAAACAUAAAACUCAACAUUUCUGUAGAAUAUGGAGGAAGGAGGAGCGGGACAGAGAGCUGAGGUCGGACACAACACACCGACAUGCAGAACCACACAGAACCAACUAGAACCAACCAGAACCAUGUAGAACCAACCAGAACCACGUAGAACCAACUAGAAUCACGUAGAACCAACUAGAACCAACCAGAACCACCUUGAACCGACUAGAACAAACCAGAACCAUGUAGAACCAACCAGAACCACGUAGAACCAACUAGAACCAACCAGAAUCACGUAGAACCAA